AUGAAAAAUGCAAAGCCCGUUUAUCUACCGGCCGACGCGAAUUCGCGCUUAACACGUGCCGCUGAAGGCGCUCAAUGCAUCACGAAUGUACCGUACCGAGAGCUGGUCGGAUGCCUUAUGUACAUCGUUACGUGUACAAGACCCGAUAUCGCGGAUGCAGUCGGCAGUGUGGCCAAGUACUGCGAGAACCACACGAGCGAACACUGGUCAGCGGCAAAGCGUAUACUCAAGUACCUGUUAACGACUCAAGAUAUCGCGUUGGUGUAUGAUGGUCAUUUGGCAACCGAGCUAAUAGGCUUUGCAGAUGCGAGCUGGGCUUCGGAUGAAGACACUAGGCGUUCCACAACUGGUUUUGUGUUUAUCCUGAAUGGUGCAGCUAUCGCGUGGCGUUCGCAGCGACAGCCGACAGUCGCAGGUUCUAGUACAGAAGCAGAGUACAUGAGCCCGUACUCUGCCACUCAAGAGAUGAUAUGGCUGAGGCGGUUGCUCAAGGAUCUGUGUAUGUAG